AUGGGGCUCGUGGCGGUGUCCAAGGCUCGGCCACCCAACGUGCUUCCCUUCCAUUCAAGACUGAACUCCGUCCGACUGUCAAGCUUUCUGCUGCUCAUUGACGCACUCAACGACGACGGCGAGAAGCGUUGCUUGUCUGGCCUUUUGCGCGCCAGGAACCGAAAUAAGUUUUGCGAUCCCCCAAGAAACGGAACCGACACAAGCGCGUCCGCCCCGGCCGAAGCUUGA